AUAGACGGGAGGAGUUAAGGGAGAGGGAGGAGAAAAUAGGAGAGAAAGAGAGAGGGGGGAGGUGAGUGUAGGAGGGGAGAGGAUUGUGAGUGUAGUUCCCCAUGACCACGCUGGUGGAGGUACUGGUGCACUGCCUGGCACUGAUAUUCGCGUAUCGUGUGGCACUCUGGUGGCACUCUGCACUAGAUCACAGCCGCUCCACACACAGACACACACACACUGGCCUUCUUCAUGGUGUCAUCCUCAACCCAACCAUCACCAUCGUAAACCUUCGCUCGUCCGUACUCGUGCCAAGCCUUCUCCAACAAUCUCUUUCACAGAUAGACUCACGGAAUCGAACAUCACAGCCUCCCACGUCCGCCAUAUUGAUGACCGUCUUGGUCUGAACGUCACCACACACCUCUCCAAAUUUAUACUCGUCUCAUCGUAACCAAAACCAGCUGUAAACGUUACUAAAGAGCCUAAUUUACAUGGUAUUAAACACGCCACACUCACGCAUUUCAGUCGAACUUGAUUUCAUUCGUGUUAUGUAAACACAGAUCAAAGCUAUCCUCCACAGUUGUUCACACCCUCUGACUCCAGCAACACUAUUCACACAACUUUCAACGCAACAGAGCACCCCAUCUACCACAGCGCGCCGGAUUUCUCCCAAACACCGCAACAGAGUUCUUCAGCAUUAGCGUGCUGUCUCUUCCCAGGCUGGUAGCUACUUCGCCUGGACAUUGUGCAGGAGGAUGGAAAGCGUUCCCAAUCUCAUGCUGGGAAAUCCUAUUCUCCAGUACCAGCUGCUGCUCAACAGCAUUCUUUUGCCUAUAAUGUCCCCACAACAGCCCUUCAGUGGCACAGUGCCUGAUGGAGGGACAGUGCCUGAGGUUGGUGCCAAUGUCGACUUGGAUGAUUACCUCCGUAUGACGGCUCUGUCGAACCAGCUGGCCAUCACGCAACUCAACCAGCUGGUGGCGGAACUGACGGAGUCGGAGAGCAGCACCACCACCUGUGUGAAGGAGACUGAGGAGGAGGAGGACGCCAAGGAGCACGAGUACCAGAAGCAACUGCUGCAGUUGGUGUCUGAGGGCUUCAAGAUCCUCUCCAGGGAGGUUGUCGACUCCAGGAACCAGGUCUCCGGUGGCUUCAGCGCCUCCAACACCAAGCAAGAGUCGUCGGUGGCGGCGCUGCUGCAGACACUGGCGGAGGGCUUCAACAACACAGGCUCGGACGUGGUCGACCUGCGACGACGACUGGACGAACUCGACGCCGCUCACAGGAUUGAGAUUCAAGAACUCAAGGAGACGGUGAAGGAGGAAGUGGCCCAACUCUGGAAGAACCACAGCUCCCUUGCUGAAGAGUCGUCGGUGGCGGCGCUGCUGCAGACACUGGCGGAGGGCUUCAAUAACACAGGCUCGGACGUGGUCGACCUGCGACGACAACUGGACGAACUCGACGCCGCUCACAGGAUUGAGAUUCAAGGACUGCAGGCGACGCUGAAGGAGGUGUUCGACCAGCUCCUCCUCAACCACUCCUCCCUCGCCAAAGAGGCGCUGGAGCUGGCGCAGGUGACGGCGACGGGCCUCCUGAAGCUGCAGGCAGACUUCCACAACGUGACGGAGGCCCUCGAGCUCGUAGUGGGCAACUUUGACAAGUUCACCGCCAACUUUGACAACUUUACCUCCGACUUUGACAACUUCACCGACAACUUUAUAAACGCAAGCUCCAAAAGUUGCAUGGACGAUGUUGUUGUCGCCCAUUGUCCUGACAGCUUCGUCCUGGAGGGGCAGGAGUGCUUCUGGUUCAGCGAGGAGGUGGAGCAGCUCACGUGGCCCCAGGCCAGGAAGUUCUGCAAGAACGUGGGCGCCGAACUCGCCCAACCCGAAGACCCCAUUACCUUCAUCCUGGCCAUCAGGAACCACAUUGGCGAGGAGGAGCUGUGGGUGGGAGGAGAGGAGCUGGAAGUGGAGGAGGUGACGGAGAAGUCCUCCAGGAGCGACACAGGCGUGGGACUCCAGCUCCAGCUGGAGUCGACCCCGUGGCACUGGCUCUCCGGGGCCGAGGUCAGCCACGGGUGGCUCAAGGGCCGCCCCUCGGCCCCAGGAGGGGUGGAGGGCUGCCUCACCGCCUCCAAGCUGGGCCUCAACAGCGCCUACUGCGGCAAGGAGCUCCGCUACAUCUGUCAGUACCCCUACAGCCCUUGAAGAGGCCAGCCACACCCACGGCGCUCGACUGGUGUAACUGGAAGGGCGGGAAACUCGACGUAAACAUAAGAAGCGAUGGGAUGGUCGUGAUAACACACACACACACACACACACACACACACACACACACACACACACACACACACACACACACACACACACGCGCGCGCG